AAGAAGAAAUCUGUGGUUUAGGCUUCAGGGUUUUUGGGAACCCAAAGGGAACAUGGCGGCUACUUGUGGAAGAAGAACCCUAGGAUUCUCGUGCGCUUCGGCCAAGACCAUAUUUACCCAUUUACCGUCCUCAAGACCUGCAAACAAUAGCCUUGCUGGCCUUUUCUCUCCUACCAAAAUCUCUGCUCCUCGAUUCUCUCUCCGCAAUCUCACUUCUUCCAGGCUUCCAGUGGAAUUGGGUGGUGCAGUAAGUUUGAUCCCAUUGCACAGUGCUACGGCUUCCGCUUUGUUCACUUCGUUGCUGUCUUUGCAUAAUCAAAGCUGGGGGUGUUUGUCAGAAGGAUUUGCAACUCCUCUAUAGCAUUGGUUACAGUGUUGCUUGGACCUUCAUUCUGUGCUUGUUUCAAAUCAAAGAUAAUAUUAAACCCUGAAAAGGAAAGUUUGUUGUCUCGCCACAGUGUUGUGUAAUAAGAUUUUUUGUUCACCCGAUGUUUCUUGCAUGUCCUAAGAAAUUCGUGUUUUGAUAGAGAUUUAUUGAGAUAUAUG